CGGUGAGCUUGGGAGAACCGUGGGCGCUGAGGCGGCCCUAUGAGGGUGGAUUCUCUAUGAGAAGGUUUGGAGAGAAAUCACUGCUGCCAUAGUGAAAUGAACGUUUCUCUGCUGUAGGUGGCUCCCUCCCACUGCAACAAUUUCAGAGAGAAACAAAUCGGAAUCUGAUAAGCAAGGCUCCAGAUAAACUGUAAACUGCUGGAAGUGGGAGAUGGCUGUGGCCUUGGGUUGUGCAAUCCAGGCAUCCUUGAAUCAAGGCUCUGUGUUUCAAGAGUAUGAUACUGACUGUGAAGUCUUCCGUCAGCGCUUCAGGCAGUUCCAGUACAGAGAAGCAGCUGGGCCUCAUGAAGCAUUUAACAAACUCUGGGAGCUUUGCUGUCAAUGGCUGAAGCCAAAGAUGCGCUCUAAGGAACAAAUCCUGGAGCUGCUAGUGUUGGAGCAAUUCCUAACUAUCUUGCCCACAGAGAUAGAGACCUGGGUGAGGGAGCACUGCCCAGAGAAUAGAGAAAGAGUUGUGUCACUCAUAGAAGACUUACAGAGAGAACUUGAGAUACCAGAGCAGCAGGUUGAUAUGCAUGACAUGCUCUUAGAAGAACUGGCACCAGUGGGAACAGCACACAUACCACCAACCAUGCACCUAGAGUCACCUGCACUCCAGGUAAUGGGACCUGCCCAGGAGGCCCCAGUAGCAGAGGCAUGGAUUCCACAGGCAGGGCCACAGGAGCUGAACUACGGUGCUGCUGGAGAAUGUCAGCCCUUUCUAGACCCUGGAUAUCCAUUACCAAAGCUUGACGUGAACUUCUCAUUGGAGAAUAGAGAAGAGCCGUGGGUGAAGGAAUUACAGGAUUCUAAAGAAAUGAAACAGUUACUUGAUUCCAAGAUAGGUUUUGAGAUGGGGAUAGAAAAUGAAGAAGAUGCUUCAAAACAGAAAAAAAUGGACACUAUGUAUCCAUUUAUUGUAACUUUAGAGGGGAAUGCUCUUCAGGGUCCCAUUUUGCAAAAAGACUAUGUACAGUUAGAAAGUCAAUGGGAAAGCCCCCCAGAGGAUUUACAGACAGAUUUAGCAAAACUGGUAGAUCAGCAGAACCCCACUCUGGGAGAGACACCUGAGAACUCCAACUUGGAAGAACCUCUCAAUCCUAAACCCCAUAAGAAAAAGAGCCCAGGAGAGAAACCUCACCGAUGUCCUCAGUGUGGAAAAUGUUUUGCUCGGAAGUCACAACUUACUGGGCAUCAGAGAAUUCAUUCAGGAGAAGAACCUCACAAAUGCCCUGAAUGUGGCAAAAGAUUCCUUCGUAGUUCAGACCUCUAUAGACACCAACGACUUCAUACAGGGGAGAGACCCUAUGAAUGCACUGUAUGUAAAAAGCGAUUCACUCGGCGCUCACAUCUUAUAGGGCACCAGAGAACCCAUUCUGAAGAAGAAACAUAUAAAUGUCUUGAGUGUGGGAAAAGUUUUUGUCAUGGAUCAAGUCUUAAAAGACAUCUGAAAACUCAUACAGGUGAAAAACCUCAUAGAUGUCAUAAUUGUGGGAAAAGUUUUAGUCGACUGACAGCUCUUACUUUGCACCAGAGAACACAUACUGAAGAGAGACCUUUUAAAUGUAAUUAUUGUGGGAAAAGCUUUAGACAGAGACCAAGCCUCGUUAUUCAUUUAAGAAUCCACACAGGGGAGAAGCCAUACAAGUGUACUCAUUGUUCUAAAAGCUUCAGACAGAGAGCAGGCCUUAUUAUGCACCAGGUCACUCACUUUAGAGGACUUCUUUAAGAAUUGCUAAGGGAAACAGGUCCUACACAAAUUGACAGUAACUCAAAAAUAUCUUAAACUGCAGCAGACUGUUUGUCUUGGAAGCUUUUAUUUGAGCUUUUGAGCUUAUAAGAACAUAGAACAGCGGGUUUUUUUGUGUGUGGUUUUUUUUUUUUUGCUAUUUUUGAAACCCAUUUUCUAAGGUAUAUGAAUUCUAGAGUAUUUAUCUAACUCUUGUGAUUUUCUUAGAUUUGAUUUCUUCUGUCUGCACAACUCUUCUUUUUUUUAUUAUAAUGAAAAAUUUUGUGUUCCAAGACAACUGUAUUAUAGGUGUAAACAUAAAGCAUAUAAAUUAUGACAAUCCUUUUAGAGGUAGAGUCAACAUAGCGGAUAAACAUGUCUAUCAGACAUAUUGAUUAUAGCAGUACUAUAGUUAUUCUGCUGUCUUUAUUAAAGAUGAUUAUAUUCAUUCAAAGCUUUAGAUGUGUCUCAUGUGGCAAGAAAGGAGACAAUGAAUUUUGUCAAACAAUAAAAACGUGUCAGGAACACAAGGAUGAAGGCGAUGUCAUUUGCCUGGUAAGAACUGGGUUAUUUCCACUGAAAUUUUUUAUGUUUAAGGAAAUUAAGAUUUUAACCUUGUGAAUUUUGCAGUUUGCUAGUCUGCUUAGUCAGCAGUUUGUGCAGAGUACUAAUUUGGUAAUUUAUUUUAUUCACAGAAUAAGCUGUAUGUCUGGAACAAUCCAUUUGGCAAUUGAAAUUGUACAAGCAGAAUCUAAUUUAAUUUAGAUUGACUGAAGAACCAGUGUUUUUUGCUCUCCUUUGGUAUUUCACUCUCCUUUGGUAUUCAAUCAUGUGUCUUUCAGUAUUUUUAAAAAUUUUACCCAUUCUUUAAUUCAGCGUCUCACUAUGUAUGUGUCAUAGAAUACUUAGUUCUGCUAGCUAUUCUGCAAAUAUGUGUGGGAAUUGCUUCCUGCUGUUUCGCCUUCUUAGAUUGAUAGUGCACAUCAGCAUAUGAGAAUCUCUGAGAGGUUCUCUAGAAAAGAGAGAAAAAGCACCUCUUUUGGCUGAAUGUUUUAUUUGACCCCGAAACUUUUUCAUAUACCCAAUAAUAACCUACAGAACUAAUAUUCUGCGAAUAUCUCUUGGAACACACUGCCUUAAACAGAUAUUUCUAUAGCUAUCGGUAUAGUUAUGUUGCUCCCAAGCCUAGUUAUCUCCAGUUGUUUUAAGGGUGUUAUGAAAAAUUCUUUAUAUAUGAAUAUGUGUAACACACACAGAGACACACACACACAUAUACACACAUGCUACCUUAAGGGGGUGAGGGUCACUAAUUUGGAUAAUUUUUAAGUUGCCUAGUGAUUCUCAACAUUCUUGAAUUUUACUUAUAUUUACACACACACACACACACACACACACACGCACACACCACUUUAAGAAGGUGAGGAUCACUAAUUCAGAUAAUUUAUAAGUUGCCCAGUGAUUCUCAACCUCUUUGAAUUUUACUUACAAUUACACACCACACACACACACACACACACACACACACACACGUUGCUACUUAUGUAAAUGUUCUCAUGUAAUCAUGGUGACAGCUCAAAUUCCUGAAGCAAGGGAAGACUUCUCACUGUCAGUUAAAGCUGUUAAAACAUGAAAAUAUUCAUUGAGCCUAGUUCCUUGUUAUAAAAUACAAGAAAUAGAACAUUCAAGCGUUUUCCCUUUAUGAAGAUACUCAGUUGCCCUUUCCUUAAACUACAGUUAGGGAAAAUAUAUCUCUUCGAUUCCAUUGAAGUUCUUGAAAGUGAUAUAAGUACUUUGGGGGGUAUCUACUAUGUGCCUAACUAGUGCUGUUCUAGGCUUAGUGGAAGCUAGUAAAGAAAUAUAAUUCAUGGGUCAUGCUCAUAAAGAUUUUAUAAUAUUUUUAGUUAAACAAGAGUUGGGAAACAGGUGGCGAACAAUGCAAGAGAGUUUGUAACUAAGUGCCAAUUAUACCAAUUGCUAGACCCAGGAUGUAUCUUUAAUUCUUGUCAUCCAGGUCCCUGUAUGAUGCUGCUAUAAGUCUGGGGCUCAAUUAGAUAUCCCAGUAGCAAUAAUCGUGUAAUAUGGAGGAGUCUGAAUGUAGAGAUGAAAAAUACAGAAUGUAAUGGCUUCUCUUUUCUCUCUUGUGGAAUUGCAUUCAAACCAGAACAGUGCCUUAGAAUGGAUGUGCCCAACUGCUCUGUAUUUAUGCAAUAUUUUAAUAAAGCGGAAAUGUAUAUGC